AUGGCAGGAGUGCUGAAAAGUCUACAACUAGUGUGCCUUGGGGACCCAGAGAAAGACACCGAGUGGAAUGACAUCCUGCGUAAGAAAGGUAUCCUUCCUCCAAAGGAAAACCGAGAAGAGCAGGAGCGUGCCAAGGAAGAGGAGCAGCUUGAAAUCCUUCAGAAAUCUCUCGUGAAAACAUAUGAGGACAUGACUCUGGAGGAGCUAGAAGAAAACGAGGAUGAAUUUAAUGAGGAAGAUGAGAAAGCUAUCGAAAUGUACAGACAGCAAAGAUUAGCAGAAAUGAAAGCAGCUCAAAUGAAGAAUAAAUUUGGAGAAGUUCUGGAGAUUUCAGGGAAGGAUUAUGUUCAAGAGGUUACGAAAGCUGGGAAAGGUAUAUGGGUAGUCCUGCACCUCUACAAACAGGGAAUUCCACUCUGUGCCUUAAUAAACCAACAUUUAAGUGGACUUGCGAAAAAGUUCAGAGAUGUGAAAUUCAUCAAAGCUAUCUCUACCACCUGCAUACCCAACUAUCCCGAUAAGAAUCUGCCUACGAUAUUUGUCUACCUUGAAGGAGACAUCAGAGCUCAGUUCAUUGGGCCUUUGGUGUUCGGUGGCAUGAACUUGACAAGGGAUGAACUGGAGUGGAAGAUCUCAGAGUCAGGUGCCAUCAAGACAGACCUUGAGGAGAACCCCAGGAAACAGAUCCAGGACCAGCUCAUGUCCUCCAUAAGGGCAUGCGUCCAAACCAGGGGAGAGAGUGACUCAGAGGAUGACUGACUCCUACAUCAGCAUCAGGAUUGAUACAGUACACUUGGCAGCCAGUGUUCCUGCCUAAAGGACUGGAUCUUCCUGAACCCCAGAAGUGGAGCAUUUCAAGGCAGCCAUUUAUCUAGAAAUUGAAAGUCGGUGUUUUUUUGAUUUUGGUGAUGUGGGCAUUUUUCCUGAAAAAAAUUACUGCAGCUUCACUUGAGAUCAUGAAAGACUCUUUAUAUUACAAAGCCUGAGUAAAUCUUACUCCAAGUUUUAAAAUAUAGAUAUUGGUAGAUACAAAAGUCUCUUGGUAUUAUUUUCUUAAUGAACUGCUGACACUUUUCUUUUUUUUUUUUUUUUUUAUUUUUUAACAUAAAAUAUGAAGUGACCUAAAGCGUAAUAGUUUAACUACAUUAGUAUAAAUAAUUGAUCUUAAACAUGGUGAGUUACAGCAUGGCACUUGGUCUUCUGUUAACCUGUCCUGUGUAGAUGCUGGAUGGAGAGAGUGGACUGUGUGGAGAGCUCAGGGAGGUGACAUGGGUGCUGCUGAAAGCCAUGUGUGGAGUGCUGGCAGAAGGGCUAGCACAAGUGGGAGAGCUGGGGGCCCCAACAUCUUCAGAGAUGCAUUGGUGAUGGUCAAUAUCAUCUUGGACCUGCUAAGUCCAGAACUCCCUUUCAUGUACAUGAAUUUGCUUAGCAGCAGUAUUGUGCCUUUUGCAGCACUGUCACGUAAUCAGGAAAGAAGAUUCAAGAUAGUGGCAUUCCAGUGUGAAAUUACUGACUUCCACUUACUGAGAAGUUUGAUGCUUUACUACAGUAAUGCCACUGCCAUAUGGAAGGGAAAACAAUGUUUGAAGAGCUAAUAUCUUCCUAUAUUAAAGCAAAAAUAAAAUACUCUUCUAGGUAAAGCAGUAAUAAUUGAAGUCUUAGUUCAACUCUAUCUCUUCCUUUCCUGAAUUGUAGCUCUUCUAACACUGAACUGUGUACUUAUUUUGGAUUGGAACAGCAGACACUGAAAUUUUUCUCUUUGAGAUCUGCAUGGGAAUUUGAGUGUAACUUAAGUCUUUCUGACUUUUGUAUCUUUGGUAAAACAUCUAAAA